AUGGAGUUCAGAUUGCCAGGAUUCAAUGCGCAGCUGCAGAAAAAUCAAGUCCAUUCCAUGCCGUCGUCAAGCUACACUAACUUCUCCAACAAUGCUAUGAAAGGAGAACCGGUGGAUAUUCAGAGAGAGGCAAUUCAGCGUGAACUUGAGAAGGAGAUGAUACGGGAGAAGAUAAUAGCGGAGGAAGUGGAGCGUUUUCGCGUUUUGCAAGCAGAAGUGAGGAGGAGAGAGGUGACGAUGGGAGAAGAGGUGAUGAAGAGCGAGAAGGGAUUUCCAUCGUCGUUUAUGCCUGGAACUUACUGGAAACCACCACCACAACCACCAGCAUCACCACCAUCAUUACCAGCUUCUGACCAGUUUCAGAAACGAAGAUUGAGGUCAAACAAGUUUACUGGUAAAAAAACAUGGAUACCUAAAUAUAGACAAAAACCAAAGUUCAUUACUCGUUUCGGUGGUAUUGGGUUCUUUAUGCUAAGUAUUAAACCUGUCACUUUGCUUCACUACGUUAACCCUAACCCUAGAGCAAACCAUCAACUGCCACCUUCACUGUUCCCCUUCUCCAACAACUGCCAUCACGCCACUUGCCUCUUUGCCAUCAUAAUUCCGUCGCUAUCACUGGACAAUGUGCGUAACCGAGGAAGAACCACCGAGAACGGUCAAAUGAAGCAGUACGGACUGGAAAUCAGAGAUGUUGUGGCCGACAUCCUUCUUCUGUUUGACGUCUAUUCAUCAGGCAUUGCGUCUCAGCCCCGUUGGCGUCGCCGCUGCUCGUCUCCGUCGAAGACAAGGGUGCCGUCGAGCUAUAGACUUCAGUUGCUGCUGUUAAUCGACAACAACCAUCGUUAUGGCCGCUACCAGAGAUCGAGAGAAAAACCCACCAUGGCAGCCGACCAUGGUGGUUGUUUCUGUAAAACAGUUUUUCUACCACCACCAGCCACCGUGAGGUGGUAG